GGCCGGCGAGUGGACGGGCUGUGGUGCUGGCGGCCAGUCGCGCCACGCUGCGGGAGCCGCCGCCGCCGCCUCGCACCGCCGCACCAUGUCCGGCCAGCUGGAGCGUUGCGAGCGCGAGUGGCAUGAGCUGGAGGGAGAAUUUCAGGAACUGCAGGAAACCCACAGGAUCUACAGGCAGAAGCUGGAGGAGCUGACUUCACUUCAGACUUUAUGUAGUGGCUCUAUCAACAAGCAGAAGACGCGACUAAAGGACUUGAAGCACACACUCCAGAGGUACAAGCACCAUGCGAGUCGGGAGGAGGCAGAGCUCAUCCAGCAGAUGAGUGCCAACAUCAAGGAGCGGCAGAAUGUCUUCUUCGACAUGGAGGCCUACCUGCCCAAGAAGAAUGGGCUCUACUUAAACCUGGUCCUUGGCAAUGUGAAUGUGACCCUUCUCAGCAACCAGGCUAAUUGUGUGACCUUUUGUGGGGGUGUCUAUCAAUGCAGAUUUGCUUACAAGGAUGAGUACGAGAAGUUCAAGCUCUACCUGACCAUCAUCCUGCUCCUAGGUGCUGUGGCGUGUCGAUUUGUCCUUCACUACAGGGUGACUGACGAAGUUUUUAACUUCCUGCUGGUGUGGUAUUACUGCACCCUGACAAUCCGGGAGAGCAUUCUUAUCAGCAAUGGCUCGAGAAUUAAAGGCUGGUGGGUGUCUCACCACUACGUGUCCACAUUCCUCUCUGGAGUGAUGCUGACCUGGCCUAACGGAUUAAUUUAUCAGAAGUUUCGUAAUCAGUUUUUAGCGUUUUCCAUUUUUCAGAGCUGUGUCCAGUUCCUGCAAUAUUAUUACCAGAGGGGCUGCCUCUACAGGCUGCGGGCUCUGGGAGAGAGGAAUCAUCUGGACCUCACGGUGGAAGGGUUCCAGUCCUGGAUGUGGCGGGGCCUCACCUUCCUCCUGCCUUUCCUGUUCUGUGGCCAUUUCUGGCAGCUCUACAAUGCCGUCACGUUGUUUGAGCUCUCCAGCCACGAGGAAUGCAGAGAAUGGCAGGUGUUCGUGUUGGCGCUCACUUUCCUCGUCCUCUUCCUUGGCAAUUUCCUGACCACACUCAAAGUCGUGCACGCGAAACUUCAGAAGAACAGAAACAAAGGGAAGAAGCUGUGAGCCAAGGGACCUGCGCACCCCCAGCCCCUGGGGUUCAAGACUGCAGGGGGUUCCAGCUGGCACCUGGCUGCGCCUGAUUUCCUCCCCACAGUGUCCUUGGCCACUGCAGCAGCCACCUCAGGGGCCAGCGCAUCACUGGUAGAAGGGCCAAGGCCCUGGUCCCCGGUGGACAAGAGGAACGUGGCCCCUGCCCGUCUGCACAAUGUUAGCCUGCUCAGCCUCCCUAUUUAUGACAUAUUUAACACGGGGUCCUCCCGACUGCCCUAGAAUCCGCAGUCUUCCCUCGCUGCCCUCUCACGGCUGAGACUGGGUCAGUCUUCCUGGGCGGGGGCCUAAAGCCUCAGGGAGCCCCUCAGGUUGGGGUUUGGAUGUGCCUCGCUGGAGUGCCGACCUGCUACUUACUGAGUCCCCAGCAGGUGGAAGGAAACCCCUCGGCGUCCUGUGGAGCCUCCCUCCCCGGGGCAAACCGGCAAACCGCUUCCGCUGUAAGCUCUCCCGGCCUCCGCUGCUCCGUGGUGGGGUAUUUAAGUUCUCAGAGAAUCAC